AGCAAGCAGCGCAUGCGCACAGCUCCACCGCCCAGUUGACAAGAUGCCGAAGUAUUAUUGCGAUUACUGCGACACUUACCUGACACACGAUUCCCCGUCUGUCCGCAAAACCCACUGCGAGGGCCGCAAGCACAAAGAGAACGUCAAAGACUAUUAUCAGAAAUGGAUGGAGGAGCAGGCCCAGAGCCUCAUCGAUAAGACCACCGCCGCUUUCCGCCAGGGGAAGAUCCCGCCCACCGCUCCUUUCCCGGCGCCGGCUGGUCCGCCUCCCGCCGGGGCCGCCAUCCCGCCGCCGCCCGGCAAUGUCGGCGUGCCGCCGCCGCGGCCCGCCAUCCUGCCGGGGCCCCCGAUGGGAGGGCCGCCAAUGAUGCCGAUGAUGGGCCCCGCGCCUCCCGGGAUGAUGCUGGUCGGCCCCGGGAUGAGACCGCCUAUCGGGGGCCCCAUGCCCAUGAUGCCGGGGCCGAUGAUGGGGCCUCAUCGGCCCAUGAUGGUUCCUUCCAGACCCGGAUUGGUUCGCUCGGGAAGAUAAACGGUGACUUAAAGAGGGAGAUUUACUCAGUGCAGCUUUUCAUAUUCCCCUGAAGCAAAGGCAGUCGGAGUACGGAGUCGCCUUUUGAAGAUCAGAUUUGUAAUUGUCUUUUGUUACCAGCAAAGUCGCAUGUUAGCCGCCAUCUUCCUUACUUGCGGCCAGUUUGGUUAACGUGAGCGAAUUUCUGCCUGGCCAUCAGUGAUUCCGACUGAUGUGUACUCUCUGAAAUCUCGAUUUACACUUGGAAGUGGGUAAUGUUCAGUUUAGAGAGAGUGGUUCACUGAUAUUCUGGCUUCCUCUAGAUUUUACAGAAAACACAGACGUCUUCUGUAACAUUUUUCUGGCUAUAAGGCAUAUUGCUCCAUUGUAUUUGAUAUUUAAAAGGGAUUUUGGCUUUCUAAAUUGUCCAUUUGAUUUCUAACCUUCCAGUGCCACAUGUCAUCCCUUGGCUAGAAAGCGAGUGGAUAUUUGGAAAUCUUUGUUUUUUUUGUCGGUCUAAAUCUUUUAUAUUUAUUAAGAGAUCCCAAAGCCCACUGCUGUGGUUGACCCAUCUGACUGUACAAAAGCUAUGAGCCAUAACAUAUUGGAUUAAAUUGUAUAUGGAACUUAUUUCUUUCUCCAUAAUAGUUUUGGGUAGCUGAACCAACCAGCUGAAAAUCUUAACUUGAAAGUGCACUGAUGUUGAACAGAAUUUGUUGCAUUUUUUUGCAAUCCUUAAUUUAGUGGUGCAAAUAAGUUUUUAAAAUCUGUAAUAAAUGUCAUACUUUGGACAGAUUUGGUUUCUUUUGCUGCCUUAUAAAGGAUGUAAUGAAGCUGUAGUUUUGGACCUGAAACUUGGUGUGUCAUUUUAAUAGCAGGAAUUGUACAUUUCUGGCCCAUGUAAAUCACUUCUCGUGGAAUAAAGCUGCCAUUCCCCACUAAUAUCCUAUGUUAGAAUAUAAAAUAUAAUUUACAAAAGGUAAGCUUCAUUUUCAUAAACUUGGACAAUUAACAUCUCUAGCAUAACUGUAUCACCAAUUAGUUUGUGCAGAGGGCAGAUUAAAGUACAAAAUGCAGUGCUUUUUUUUAAAACCAA